AUGGCGGAGGAAUACAGCACCUUUGAGCUGGGAGACUGGACGCUCCAGAGCGGACAGGUUAUCCCAAAGGCACAUAUCGCGUACAGGACCUUUGGCGAUCCCAAGCUGCCGGCUAUCGUGUAUCCAUCGUGGUACUCUGGACUCAUCUCGGCCAACUUCUGGCUUAUAGGAGAAGACAAGGAACUGAGUCCCAAGAAGUACUUCAUUAUCAUACCAGCUCUAUUCGGAAACGGGCAGUCCUCGUCUCCAUCUAAUACCGACCUCUCUCCCUUCCCAGCGGUCUCCGUUUACGACAAUGUAAGGGCCCAGCAUAAGCUGGUCACGGAGCACCUUGGGAUCAAGCAUGCCAGAGCUGUUCUCGGCUGGUCUAUGGGAGCUGGCCAGUCUUUCCAAUGGGGAGCCCAAUACCCUGAUUUUAUGGACAUCAUCGUCCCCUUCUGUGGAGCCGCAAAGACUUCUCUGCAUAAUAAAGUGUUCCUCGAAGGCGUGAAAAGUGCCCUGCUAUCCGUCAAGCGCUUCCGCUCUGCUGGAUCUAGCAAGGAUGGUGUCUGUACUGAAGGUGCUGUUGGUCGCCAGUGGACGGAGGAGGAGAGAGAAAUAGGACUGAAAGCCGUUGGCAGAGUGUAUGCCGGAUGGGGUAUGAGCCAGACCUUUUAUCGCGAGAAGCUAUAUGAGACGGCCCUUGGAUACAAGGACCUCGAAGACUUCCUGGUGAACUUUUGGGAGAAAUAUUUCCUUUCCAAAGAUCCCGAGAACCUCCUGGUGAUGCUGCAAACAUGGCAGAACGGAGAUAUUUCCCAGCAGGAGCCGUAUAAAGGCAACUUUGAAGCAGCUCUCAAGGGGAUCAAAGCCAGAGCCCUGGUCCUUCCCUGCAAGCAUGACUUGUACUUCCCACCAGAAGACUCGCAGUAUGAGGUUGCUAACAUGGCACCCGGUGUUGGUGAAUUGGACGUAUUCCCGUCUAUUUGGGGCCACUGGGCGGGCGGUCCUGGCGAGAGUAAAGACGACGUCAAAUGGUUGAAUGACAAGCUGGUCGAGUUCUUCAAAAAGGUUCCCCUGGGAGCCGCCUAG